CCCAGACAACAUAACUCCUAGGACCUGUUUGUGUUUGGAGACCCUAGCAGGAGUCAUGGAAGCCCCCGGACAACAUAACUCCUAGGACCUGUUUGUGUUUGGAGACCCUAGCAGGAGUCAUGGAAGCCCCCAGACAACAUAACUCCUAGGACCUGUUUGUGUUUGGAGACCCUAGCAGGAGUCAUGGAAGCCCCUGGACAACAUAACUCCUAGGACCUGUUUGUGUUUGGAGACCCUAGCAGGAGUCAUGGAAGCCCCCAGACAACAUAACUCCUAGGAUCAUCAGGACACCUGAACUCCUCUAGCAGAUGUGAGACGGAGGAAGCGCAUGGCACACUUCCUGCGGCGCAGCGUUGACAUGCAGCGGGCGUGCGACUGGGUCCACAUGAGCGCUGCUUCACGGGGACAGCCGGGCGCUCUCUCGCUGCCCACGGACAGAUGGCCUUUUAAAGUCCCGCUGGUCAGAGUGCACCUGAAGGCAGCAUGAUGCCUUCCAAAGUGUCGUGCCUCUACCUGCUGACGGUGGUGUGCUGGGCCAGCGCGCUCUGGUACUUGAGUCUAUCUCGGCCCACGUCCAGCGACGUGGUCCACAUGUCUCUGCCCAUACGCAAGACGGCCAAAGCCGCCAAGAACCUGACCUUCAGCAACAUCCGCACGCGUGCUCUCAACCCGCACGCCUUUGACUUUGUCAUCAACGAGCCCCAGAAGUGCGAGGACGGCGCCCCCUUCCUGGUCAUCCUCAUCAGCACCACGCACAAGGAGUUUGACGCCCGGCAGGCCAUCCGCGAGACCUGGGGCGACGAGAGCGCCUUCAGCGACCUGCGCGUCCUCGCCAUCUUCCUGCUGGGCAGGAACACCGAUCCCGUCCUCAACCGGAUGGUGGAGCAGGAGAGCCAGAUCUUCCACGACAUGGUGGUGGAGGACUUCAUCGACUCCUACCACAACCUCACCCUCAAGACGAUGAUGGGAAUGCGCUGGGUGUCCACCUUCUGCCCCAAGGCGCAGUACAUCAUGAAGACGGACAGCGACGUCUUCGUCAACAUGGACAACCUCCUCUACAAGCUCCUGAAGCCCAGCUCCAAGCCCAGGAAGAGGUACUUCACGGGCUACGUGAUCAACGGGGGUCCCAUCAGAGACAUGCGCAGUAAGUGGUACAUGUCCAGGGACUUGUACCCCGACAGCAGGUACCCGCCCUUCUGCUCGGGCACGGGCUACGUCUUCUCCUCGGACGUGGCGGAGAUGAUCUACAAGACCUCCCUGCACACCCGCCUGCUGCACCUGGAGGACGUCUACGUGGGCUUGUGUCUGCGCAAGCUGGGCAUCCAUCCCUUCCAGAACACCGGCUUCAACCACUGGAAGAUGGCCUACAGCUUGUGCCGCUACAGGAGGGUCAUCACCGUCCACCAGGUGUCGCCGGAGGAGAUGCACCGGGUGUGGAGCGACAUGGCCAACAAGAAGCACCUCAAGUGUUAGCCACUUACCGACUGACUGGACUUCCCAGAGUCAGUCUUGCAAAUACGAUUAUUAGUAGUCCCAGUUUUAUUAUUCUUUCUUAGCAACAUUCAUGAUCGCUUCUCAGAAAGGGAAGAGAAAACACAAACGGUCUUUGCUGUGUUGAAAAAAGGUGUAGAAACUACUCUGGAAGAUCAAGUUGAUCUGACUUCUAUGCACAGCUGGGGGUCCAGACCUCAGGACUCUUAGCAGCUGCUGAAACUGUGUGGCGGGGGGCCAAAAACACACUGCAUGAUCCAUCCAUCCAUUUUCUACCGCUUAUUCCCUUUCGGGGUCGCGGGGGGCGCUGGCGCCGAUGUCAGCUACAAUCGGGCAGAAGGCGGUGUACACCCUGGACAAGUCGCCACCUCACCGCAGGGCCAACACAGAUAGACAGACAACAUUCACACACUAGGGACCAUUUAGUGUUGCCAAUCAACCUAUCCCCAGGUGCAUGUCUUUGGAGGUGGGAGGGGCCUAUCCCCAGGUGCAUGUCUUUGGAGGUGGGAGGGGCCUAUCCCCAGGUGCAUGUCUUUGGAGGUGGGAGGAAGCCGGAGUACCCGGAGGGAACCCACGCAUUCACGGGGAGAACAUGCAAACUCCACACAGAAAGAUCCCGAGCCUGGAUUUGAACCCAGGACUGCAGGACCUUCAUAUUGUGAGGCGGACACACUAACCCCUCUCCCACCGUGAAGCCCAUAUAUA